AUGGAGAAGAGCGACUUGGAAGCAGGCACGAUGCUGCAUCAUCCCGCCGUCGCAUCGCGCAACGGCGGCAAAGUCUUCGUCUACGCCUUCAUGAUCGCAUUAUCAGUAUCCAUCCUCCUGGCGUUCAUAGUUCACGUUGGCACUACUCCGAAACAGAUCCUCCUCCCGACUUUCUCCGUCAACCUAGAUGGUUUUGACGGGCUGCAGGCGCCCGCUCCCGCGAUAUCAUCGACGUUCAACCUCUCGCUCCACGCCGUGAGCAGCGGGAGCCCGCAGUCGCAGAGGCUCUGCCUGGAGGGUGGAUCGGUGGCUGUCUCCUACGCGGGCGCGGUGCUCGCGUGGGGCCGCGUGCCUGGGUUCUGCGUGGAGCGGCAGGAGCAGAAGCAUGUGAGGAUGGUCGCGCUCGGAACCGAGGUGUCGCUGAUCGACAGGCUACGGCAACGGAUGACGUCGGAGCUGCGCGAGCUCGACGUCGACAUGAUGCUGCGUGGCUCGGCGGCCGUGGGCAGAGAGCGGAGGCUACUGUCGUGCCGACUGGAUAUGAAAAGUGCAUCAUCACACCCAUCUAUGUGCAAGAUCUAUGUAUAUCUUGUAUCGCAAUAA